AUGGCACCGCACCUCCGCCUCUGCCUCUGCCUCCCGCUGCUGCUGCUGCUGCUGCUGCCGUCUCCUGCGGCAUCGGCGCCGGCUCCGGUUCUGCUCCCGGUCCCGGUCUCCAGCACCGACUGGGCCGCCUGCAGGAGCCUCUCCCGGGAGCUGCUGCAACUGGUGGCGACCCUCAAAGAGCCGCAUCAGAUCCUGGACGAGACGCUCCUGAUCGAAGAGGACCCCCAAAACUGGCCCCCCCGGAUCCGCUGCAGCGAUGCCUGUGACCCCUCCACGCUGGACACCAACAACACGCGCUGCCUGCGGCGCAUCCUGCAGGGGCUGCGGCACUACCGGGACCUGCUGGGCUCCGACAUCUUCACCGCCCGCCGCCUGCCGCGCCUGGAGGCUGCGCUGGACCAGCUGCUGGGGCUCGUCCAGCAGGAACACGGCCAACCCCCGCGGCACCCCCUGGCACCCAGCGAGAGCUGGGCACAGCCCCUGCUGCAGCGCCGGGCACUCCAGCGGCUCCAGUCCUUCGCUGCCAUCAUGAGCAGAGUCUUCACCCACAGCGCCAGCGCCCGCUGA